CGCGACCGACCCAGGCAGGCACCACUCCGCUCAACGCACCGGGCGGCACCCAAAUCCCAAACCCUAGCACACGCACCAUGGCGGCGCAGCAGAAGAUCCGGUGGGGGGAGCUGGAGGAGGACGAUGGCGGGGACCUCGAUUUCCUCCUCCCGCCCCGCGUCGUCGUCGGACCCGACGAGAACGGCCUCAAGAAGGUCAUCGAGUACCGCUUCGACGACGACGGCAACAAGGUCCGGGUCACGACCACCACCCGCGUCCGCAAACUCGCUCGGGCGCGCCUCUCCCGCAGCGCCAUCGAGCGCCGCCAGUGGCCUAAGUUUGGGGACGCCCUCAAGGAGGACGCCGGCUCCAGGCUCACCAUGGUCUCCACCGAGGAGAUCCUCCUCGAGCGCCCCCGCGCCCCAGGGAGCAAAGCUGAGGAGUCAGCUGCAUCUGGUGAUCCGCUGGCUAUGGCGAGCAAGGGAGGUGCUGUUCUCAUGGUUUGCAGAACCUGUGGGAAGAAGGGCGAUCACUGGACCUCAAAGUGUCCGUACAAGGACCUGGCACCACCGACUGAAACUUUCACGGACAGGCCUCCAACGUCAGAUGGCCCUCCUGCACCAGGUGGUCCUGCUAAGGGAGCAUAUGUUCCUCCAACCAUGAGAGGAGGUGCUGAUAGGACUGGAGACUCGAUGCGCCGCAGGAACGACGAGAAUUCCGUCCGUGUGACCAACCUCUCGGAGGACACCCGCGAGCCUGACCUCCUUGAGCUCUUCCGUGCCUUUGGCCCUGUCAGCCGUGUCUACGUCGCGGUGGAUCAGAAGACUGGGUCGAGCAGGGGGUUUGGGUUUGUCAACUUUGUUCACAGAGAGGACGCCGAGAAGGCCAUCAACAAGCUCAACGGGUAUGGUUAUGACAACCUUAUCCUCCGAGUCGAGUGGGCGACACCAAGGCCCAAUUAGUUUUGCCGCUACCUGCUAGAAUCGCAUAUUUCUGUUGAAUUAUAUCAGUAUGUUUGUUUGAAUUACUGGUACCUGAGUCAUGAAUUUAUCUUGUUGGAAAAACCUGUUAUGUGUGGUUUGGUUGGACGAGAAUAACUAUACUCGCUUCUUUUAUAUUGAGUUCGCAUGCCGUUUGUUGUCAGC